AUGGGCCGCCGCGCGGCCGCGCUCCCCGCGCUGCUGCUGGCGCUGUCCCUCACCCUCUCCCUGGCCGCCGCGGACCCGCCGGAGCGGGAGCGGUCGGCGCUGCAGGCGUUCCUAUCCGGAACACCACACGAGCGUCCACCGCAGUGGAACACCUCCCUCCCCACGUGCUCCUGGACAGGAGUCCGCUGCGACUCCGCCGCCAACAACGCCACCGUCACGGAGCUGCACCUCCCGGGCGUGGGCCUCGUCGGCCGCGUCCCCAACGGCACCCUCUCCCAGCUCCAGAACCUACAGGUCCUGUCGCUGCGCGACAACCGCCUCGCGGGCCCCGUCCCGCCCGACGUGCUCGCGCUCCCGCGCCUCCGCGCGCUCUACCUCCAGGGCAACCUGCUGUCGGGCGCCGUCCCGCCGGGGCUCGCCGCGGGGAUGCUGCCCGCGCUCGAGCACCUCGCGCUCUCGCGCAACCAACUCUCGGGACCCGUUCCGGACAAGCUGCUCGUGGGGAUGCCCCGGCUACGAUCGCUCAUGCUCGACGGGAACCGACUCUCCGGUGGCCUGCCUGCUGGGGGCGUCGGCGCCAGGCUGGAGGUGUUUAAUGUCUCGUUCAACGAUCUCGACGGACCCAUCCCCGCCUCCCUCGCACGGUUCCCGCCGGAGUCGUUCGCCGGCAACCCCGGCCUCUGCGGCGCGCCGCUCGUCGACCGCCCGUGCCCCUCGCCGUCCCCGCCGCCCGCGCCUGGGGAGGAUAAUAACAGCAGUAGCAAGACGAAGAAACGGAAGCUUUCCGGCGCGGCGGUCGUGGCCAUCGCGGUGGGGUGCGGCGCGGCGGCGCUGCUGGCGCUCCUCCUCCUGGCCCUGUGCGCGGCGCACCGGCACCGUCGACACUCGGAGGCGGCGUCGGCGGACGCGAAGGCGACCCCGCCCACGCGCGGGCUGACCCCAUCAACGCCGUCGGGGGACCUGACCGGCGGCGACUUCACGUCCUCCUCCAAGGACAUCAGCGCGGCGGCGGCGGCGGCGGGCGGCGCGGACCGUGGGCGGCUGGUGUUCGUGGGGAAGCAGGGUCCGGGCCACCUCCGGUACAGCUUCGACCUGGAGGACCUGCUGCGCGCGUCGGCGGAGGUGCUGGGCAAGGGCGGCCUGGGCACGUCGUACAAGGCGGUGCUGGAGGAGGGGACCACCGUGGUGGUCAAGCGCCUGCGUGACGUGGCGGCGUCGCGGCGCGAGUUCGCGGCCUGCGUCGAGGCCGCGGCCGCCGCGGCGGGCGAGCACCGGAACCUGGUGCCGCUGCGUGGGUACUACUACUCCAAGGACGAGAAGCUGCUCGUCCUCGAUUACCUCCCCGGUGGCAGCCUCUCCGCCCGCCUCCACGGGAGCCGCGGCACCGGGCGGACGCCCAUGGACUGGGAGGCGCGGACGCGUGCCGCGCUGUGCGCCGCGCGGGGCGUGGCGCACCUGCACGCGGCGCACGGCCUGGCGCACGGCGACAUCAAGUCGUCCAACCUGCUGCUGCGCCCGGACCCCGACGCGGCCGCGCUGUCCGACUACUGCCUGCACCAGCUGUUCCCGCCGGCGCCCGCGCGCCCCGGCAGCGGGGCCGGGGCCGGCGGGGGCGGGUACCGCGCGCCGGAGCUGGCGGACGUGCGCCGCCCGACGUUGGCGUCCGACGUGUACGCGCUCGGCGUGCUGCUCCUGGAGCUCCUGACGGGCAGGUCCCACGCGCACCACGCGGCGUCCGGGUCCCUGGACGGCUCCGGCAGCGGAGCACUGGACCUCCCGCGGUGGGUGCAGUCGGUGGUGCGCGAGGAGUGGACGGCCGAGGUGUUCGACGCGGAGCUGGUGCGGGCGGGUAGCGGCGCCGCGGAGGAGGAGAUGGUGGCGCUGCUACAGGUGGCCAUGGCGUGCGUGUCCACCGCGCCCGACGCGCGGCCCGGCGCCCACGACGUCGUCAGGAUGGUCGAGGAGGUAAUCGGCGGCGGGCGCACGACCACGGAGGAGAGCGAGGGGACCAGGGGCGCCUCGGAGGAGGAGCGGUCCAGAGGCCCGACGCCGUGA